AUGGGAGUGAGAUGCUUCGACAACCUUAAACUAAAAAUGAAGUUUCUAAACAUCCACACAAACUUCAGUCAUGUGCUAUUUGGGCUCCAAAAGGAGAUUGUAUGUCGUACAGCCAUGCCUGCUGAUAUUGUGUUCCUGGUGGAUGAUUCCUGGUCAGUGGGUCCGACCAGCUUCCAGCAGAUCAAAGAGUUCAUAGCGGACAUCAUCCGAGCCUUCCAGGGAAGUGUGGUUGGACAGGAAGGCAUUCGCUUUGGAGUGACUGUCUAUUCAGACUUGUCCAGGAUGCGUAUAGCUCUGACGGAUUAUUCGACUCUGGAGGAAGUGCUGAGAGCAGUGGAGGAUGUGCCAUAUGAGGGAGGCAACAGCCGCACCGGCUUGGCAUUGGAAUUCCUUGUCGAGUCUGUGUUCAGUCCUUCUAUCAUCAGAGACAACGCCCCAAAG